UACCAGUGUAUGGGGGGUGACAGCCUCACCCCCCCUCCGAAAGUACCACAGCGUGUUGGGGGCCCAUCCGGCCACCCCCAGAAGGCACUAUAACACGGGGGGGGCACAUCCUCACCCGCUGGAAGAUACCACAACGGCUGGGGGGGUAACCACAAUCCGUGCGGGGGGGCACGUCCUCACCCCCCACGGAAGGUACCGCGGAGCGGGGGAAUUAAUAAGCAAGUGUUCAGCACGUGAGCUCUCCCAUCGCCUUUGCGUGACUUCCGGCGGGCCGUGGGCGGUGUGUUUCCGGGGUCACGGUGGCUAAUCCCCCCGGAACGGUUCCUUUUGCUCGGAGCCGGCGCUCCGACUUCCUGCUAACUAAUGUCAGGAGACAGUGAUUGUACCCGAACAAGCCCAUCCGUGGGGUCUCCAUCGGAUAAUGAGUUCCUGCCAGAUCGGCCAAGGUAUGUGUGCUCACUGUCUCCUGACCUUAUUGCCAAGGCUCGUGAAGAGCUGCAGGAGAAACCUGAAUGGAGGCUUCGUGAUGUGCAAGCCCUCCGAGACAUGGUGUGUAAGGAUUACCCUACUCUGGGCACGUGUCUGGACGAUGCUUUCUUGCUAAGGUUCCUUAGAGCCAGGAAAUUUGAUUAUGACCGAGCGCUUCAGCUUCUGGUGAACUAUCACAGCUGCAGGAGGAGCUGGCCUGAGGUCUUCAAUAACUUGAAACCAUCUGCAAUUAAGGCUGUCCUAGCAUCUGGCUUUGUCACUGUUCUGCCUCACUUGGACACUGAGGGACGCCACGUUGUCUGCAUUCGUCCAGACAGAUGGACACCAAGUAAUUAUCCAAUUACUGAGAACAUUCGUGCCAUAUACUUAACGUUAGAAAAACUCAUUCAGUCUGAAGAGACCCAAGUGAAUGGAAUUGUAAUCCUUGCAGACUACAAAGGAGUCAGCUUAUCUAAGGCAUCUCAUUUUGGUCCUUUUGUAGCCAAAAAAGUGAUUGGAAUUCUUCAGGAUGGUUUUCCCAUUAGAAUCAAAGCUGUCAAUAUUAUAAAUGAGCCUCGCAUAUUCAAAGGAAUUUUUGCCAUCAUCAAGCCUUUUCUGAAGGAAAAGAUAGCAAACCGGUUCUUUCUUCAUGGCUCUGAUUUGAAUUCUCUUCAUCAAAACCUUCCACAAAGGAUCCUUCCUGAAGAAUAUGGUGGCACGUCAGGAAAACUGGACAUCGCUGCCUGGAAUGAGUUGCUGCUCGCCUCAGAAGAGGAUUUUCUGCAUGACUUCUCUCAGCUGGUUCUCCCAGGUGACAGCUCACCAUCUGAAGCUCUAGUGAGUGGGGAUGCUGAGGAGAAGCAGAGUGAAGAGCCUCUGCGAGGCAUGAAACCUCAACUCUACUACUGUUAUUAACAAAGCCGUUAAAAGAAGCUUCCUUGCCCAGUCAGUCUAGAUGCCCUCUCCUGUUCUGAAAGGAAUAAGAACAAAGUGGGGUUAUGAACUCUUCUUUACUCCUAAACUUCCAGUUCGUGAGUAGACUGCUGAGGCACUGUGGAACCAAAGCAAGUUAAAGUGGGUGAGAUGGGGGCAAGGCAGAGUUCUCUUUGGAAUCUAGGCAGGACACUAUUCCCAAGCCACCUCAAGUGUUAAGAGUUGUUAAUCCCAGCGUGAAAGAUGCCAUCUAGCAAAUUCCUCUUAAUAGUAGUGAGAGAAAAAAUAUCUCAUUAGAGUGAAUCUCAUAAGAAUGUCUCUCAGGGUAAAAGUGGCAGAAAAGACUUGCUAGUUUGGCAAUCAUCAGAAAAUAGCAUCAUCACUGCACCCUACAAAGUGAAGCUCUGUCAGUGGAGAUUGUCAGACAUGUCCAAUUCACAGUCCUGGACCUAAUACCUGGUCCUGUCUGUGUACUAGCAAGUUCCAGGAGUAUCAGAAUGUGUACUGGAGCUUCUCUCUGAUAUUUUGCACACUCUGCAUGUGUGGAAUUCCUACAGAUUUGCCCUUUGGAUUUGAAAGGAGAAAGUUACCAUAAUUUUGUAAACAUUGUGACUAGUUAUUUCAAAGCAUAGUGUAAUCAUACACAAAUUCCACUUCCAGAAGAUUGAGCCUUUCAGAUCAUGUAUUGCAUAGCUUUUUUCCAAUAAGAUGCAACUUUGAAUAUUGACAACACUAUAGACAACCUGAGGAGGAGUGAGGUCAUUCACUCAUAUUCAGCAUGGCUCAGAUAUAAUCAGUUGCUCUUUCCUUCAGCUGGUCGCUUUGAUGCCCUGCCUUACUUUUCAACUUCCCUAAGUAACUUAAAUAGAACUUAUGUGGGAAGAUUUUGUAGCAGGUAGCAUCUAUAGAAGGCAAUAUUAAGUAUGAGAAAACACUUUAGUUCUUGAGCUACAUUACUUUGGAUAGAAUUUUUGAAUCGGAGUCUUCGUAAACCAAAUGCAGACGGAUAUUUUUAAGAAUGUUCAGAUUUGUUGUAUUGCAGUUGUUCUCUGUUCAUGUCUGUCCUGGUUUAAGUAACCGUUGCUAUUUGUCAUCCCCUUCUCUUUGGAUGGCAGCUUCUUUUGUAAAGUUUAAACUUUGGUCAGUUCUGUAGGGCUUAAGCUUAGGUUGUGUUCCAGUGCUUUAGAUCCUUAGUUCUAAUGUCAAAUGAGGUUAAGAUGUCCUGCAUCUGUGUAGGCUAUUCCCCAAGUUCAUUCUGUGUCAUGGUAUUGAACUUUAAAUGAACUCUGAGCACAUUAUCUUUGCACAUGUCAUGCACUAUAUAAAUAGUGCAAAGGUGAAACCUCAUUACAGCCAGGAAAGCACACCCCGUUAUUUAAAAGGGUAUGUCAGUGGACAAGAACACUGAUUAUAAUCAAACACCUCAUCUUUAUAGCACUUUUAAAAUGGCUGGAAUUUCUUUUGGGGGGUUUGGGGGGAGAGAGGUUGGGAGGGUAAAUCUUUUUACUGAGUGCCAAGUGGGAAACAGGGACCGGUUAUCUUACUGUAAAUAUGAAAUGUAUGGUCUCAAGGAGUUGAACCAUCCUUUUUCUGAGUGCCAAACUGUGCUUGUUUGAAUGUCUAGAUUACACCAUAGCAUGACUUUGUUGCCAAAAAGAGUUUGGGAAGGACUAGAUUAGGGAAAUCACAGCUCCUUGGCUUGGUAAAAUGCUAGCUCUUUUAUUCAAGCAAUAGAAGAGUGGGAUUGGGUUUUGAAAGGAAUAAAGUCUAAAGCUUUUUCCAAUUAGCAGUUCAUAGCUCCAAUGAGGACAAGAAGUUCAUAUCCUGUCACUUGAACAGAAAGACUUUAACAGACCACUCCUACUGUUGUGUAGGAUGCUGGAGAGCUGGCAAGAAUCUAUUGAGAGAGAAUAUAGCUUUCUUCUUUCCUUCCCCUUUUUAGGUAUGAAGGAUAGUAGGAGAGACUCUCCUGCCUCUAACAUCAAUGCAUGACAGCCCCUGCCCCUUUCUAUACUAGACUUAAUUUUCAUGGGGGAAAGUAUUUUAGGUGAGAAAUAUCAUUCCUGUCAUUAACAAUCUAUCAGCCCCCAACUUUUGGGCAGGCCUGGCAGAAAUGCAGUGCUGGCUAGUGUCUCUUCAUUUGAGCAAAACUUUCCUCUCAGAUCUACUGU